CUUACUGUCUGUUUUGUGAUUUUUGUGAAUAAUAGUCGGGCGUAUUGAUGUACAUAAAUUGUAUACUGAAAAAGUGAUUUUGCGUAAUUGAAUGUCUUAGAUCGUAUGAUUCUAUUUACAAGAUUAUGAAGUGAUUAUUGAACGUUUUUGUCAAUCCCCCACAGCUCACAAAAUACUAGCAGUGAUAUAUCUAUAAAAUUGUAUAGUUGAACACCGAUUUGGAAUUUUAUUUUCUUCUGCAUGUAAAAGUAUAAUUUAUUGUAUAUAAUUAUAUGAACCUCGUGAAUAAUGUAUGAGUCAUAUUUAAAUUUUGUGCUGUAAAUUACCACAAGUGUAUUUUAUAGUGUAAAAAUGGCUGAUUUAAUUCGAGCUAUGGGGGCGCCGAUCGGACCCCCUAUAAAGGACAAGUUAGGAUCGCCUUCUACUGAAUCUGAGGAUGGCGGUGGUGAUAUAGCAGAAUUAACGGCUGACUUGGAGCUUGAUGAAGCUGACGGCCCGAGCACUAACGGAGAGCGACAGGCUGUUCUUGCCCCUCCAGAAAGUGAGUGGUACCAUGGAAGGCUUGAUAGAUAUACUUCUGAGGAAAGAUUGUGGGCAACUGGAAAGCAUGGAAGUUACUUAGUCCGAGAAAGCGACCGAAAGCCGGGUUCGUACGUACUCAGUUACCUAGGACGUACUGGCAUUAACCACUUUCGCAUAACAGCAGUAUGCGGCGAUUAUUACAUAGGAGGCCGUCAAUUCGAUUCCCUCGCUGAGCUAGUGGGUUUCUACAGCCAUUGUUCGGACCUUUUGAAACGCGAGCGUCUCGUCGAGCCGGUUCCUCCGCCUGAACCUGUCAACGAUAAAAAGCGCGUGGUGGCCAUUCUACCCUACACCAAGAUGCCAGACACGGACGAGCUCACGUUUCAGAAGGGCGACAUUUUCUUCGUCCACAAUGACAUGGGCGACGGCUGGCUUUGGGUCACUGCACACAGGACGGGCGAGCAAGGAAUGAUCUUCAGGGAGUUAGUCGAGGACUUGGAUCCAUCAAUUGAUCCCAAUACUGUCUUUUCUUGGUUCCACCCAAAUUGUACCAAGAGUGAGGCAGUUGAUAUGCUGGUCAAAGCUGGACCUGGAAGCUUUUUGGUCAGGCCCUCAGAUAACUCUCCCGGCGAUUACUCCCUGUUCUUCCACAUCAACAACCAAAUCCAAAGGUUCAGGAUCGAGAAGAAGGGCGUGCGGUACUUAAUGGGCGGCAGGACGUUUGAGUGUUUGGACGCAGUGAUCAAUAGAUAUAGGAAGGAGCAGAUUGUCGAAGGACACACUUUGGGACAGCCUCUCAUUGCUGAAGGUCAUGUAAUAGAACCGCAGCAAAGCACAACAGGCGCUGCAGCUGAAAAGAUAUACGCAACUCUAAGGGAGUGUCGAGAUCAAAUUGGAUUGAAGAAAAUGAAGGGUAUAAAACACCAGGGAUAUUUGCACAAGAAGUCGGAUAAGGGCGCUAAGAAAUGGAAGGCGUUAUACUUCGUGCUAUUGCAAGAAGGAACGGACACGCACUUGUAUUUCUACGACUCACCAAAGAGGACGAAGCCGAAAGGCUUGAUUGACUUGUCCUGCGCUUAUUUGUAUCAGGUGCACGAAUCGCUAUGGGAGCGCGAGUUCUGCUUCCAACUGGUAGAGCGCGCGUUACCGUGCCUGUCGACGCACACGUUCCUCGCGGCGGCGUCCGCCACGGAGCUGCGCGGCUGGCUCGACGCGCUGCGACCGCUGUGCGUGCCGCAGCAGGCGAGGCACCAGUCGAAAGUGUCCCGCGUAGUCUGGCUGCGCGCGUUACGCGUGCGCUGCGUGACAGCGCACCGCCUGCCCGCUCGGCUCGCGCCCCGCCCGCACCUGCGGCUGGCGCUGGGCGCCGCGCCCGUCGCGCGCACCCGCCCGCGCCCCUCGCCCGACCCGCACUGGGAUGACGAGUUUGUGUUUGAUGAUGUACCACCAGAUGUCACGUCAUUCACUAUUACCGUACACAACACUGGCAAAAGAGGCAAAGAAUCUGAGGUUGCAGAAUUAACCAUAGAGUUAGCAAAUCUCGCGAAUGGUGAAGAAGUAGAAGAAUGGUAUCCGCUGGCUGGUAUGACACCUAUUGGUGAAUGGGGAUCACUUAGACUGCGUAUAAGAUAUAUGCAAGAGCUGGUAAUGCCUCGGGAAGAAUACAACCCCCUUCGACAACUGCUGUUGGAGCCUGGCUUGCCCGCUGUCAAGGCGCUUGCGGACCUGUGUCGAACGGAUCGGCAGCCUCUUGCUACUUCGGUACUCCACGCGUUCUCCGAGUGCGGUCGCGGCGCGGAGCUGGCGCACGAGCUGGCGGCCGCGGAGGUGGCGCGCGAGCCGGACCACCGCGCGCUGUUCCGCGGCGCCUCGCUCGCCACCGCCGUGCUGGACGAGUUCAUGCACGCGCUCUGCAAGCCGUUCCUGCAGGCAGCAAUUUCUGAAACAGUACAGAAGUUGAUUGAUGCAAAGCAGUCUGCUGAACUCAAUCCUACAAAAAUGGAUUCACCCGACGAUGCCUGUAACAAUGCUGAGUUUUUGCUUAUGAUUCUAGAUCAGAUCACGCUGUCGAUAUUCACAUCUCCGGAAGCGUGUCCGCGGCCGAUCCGCUACCUGUGCGGAUGUCUGCAGCGGGCCGCUGUUGCUAAGUGGCCCAAUGAGAGAUUUGUGCGCACGCGCGUUGUUUCCGGGUUCAUAUUCCUCCGUCUGAUCUGCCCGGCGCUAGUGGAGCCGCGCGCGUGGGGGCUGCUGAGCGCUGCGCCGCCGCCACACGCGCAACGAUCGCUGCUCAUGGUGGCCAAGUGCUUGCAGAAUCUGGCUAAUCUUGUUGAGUUUGGCGCUAAGGAACCAUACAUGGAAGUGGUGAACCCGUUUAUUUUGAAGAACAAGGAGCGGAUGGUUGUAUUUUUGGAUCAGCUCAGCUCAGUGCAAGACCCUGGCAAUGUGCAAACUAAUUCUAACAAUAAUUUUGAUAUUGCAAAAGAGCUAGCCACCAUCCACCACAUCUGCGUAUCCCACCUCAGCGAGCUACAGAACCUCGCUAAGAGCCAACCGGCGAUACGCAAGCUGGUGACCGUCACCGAAAUGCUGACCAAGCACAAGCACAAGUACCUGGAGAUGAUCAGAUAGGGUAUGCCUUUAUGUGACACAGGGUAAAAAGCAUUAAGGAAAGCAGUAGAGGUAGUGUCUAGAAGAGUUCCUCGGGACUUAGUCGUACUCGUGUAGUCAUUGUUAGCUUUAGCAUUGAUUUUACUUCCAACGAAUACAAACCUACUUGGGCCUGCAUUUAUAUUGUCACUCGGUUUGAAGUGCAGUACAUUGCUCCAUAUGUUAAAACAUACUAC